UUUGCCACUAUCUAUGUACAAAUUCGAAACCUGCAAUGUGUUUAUACAACCGUAUACACUACACCAGAUUACUUGUGUAUACGCUGAAUAUACAUCAGAAAUCCCACGAACCCUAGAUUUUCCUUUCCCCUUUCCGUUUACGUCGAGAUUCCUACCGUUCUAGCUGAGAAGGACAGCCUAUUUAUUCCGAAUUAGAUGCUACGUAAGUGUGUUUAGUUAGGUUGACCAAUUUUGAAUUAGUCAGAUUAAUUGUUGGAAACUGCUAAUCAUUUGGGGAUGAAGAUAGAGUAUACGCUUCUGGUGAUUUUGCUUGUUGCCUCAGUAAUUUCUUGUCGUGUAGCUGCAGAUUCGGAGGAGGAAGUUGCAGGCUCGAAAAAUCGGCAAGUGUUAGUUGAUAGUAGUAAUGAUAGAGGGAAGGAGACAGCUGAUCUUACAAAGAAUAGUGCUGUUAAGUUAGAUAAUAAUGAUCCCAAGGAGGAAAAAAAGGGGGAUGGUGGAGAUGAGAGGGAUGCGUCGAAAAUGAAGAAUGAGGGGUCUAGUUCGGAGUUGAAUGGGGAAUCUAAAGAGGGGAGAUUGCCACCGGUAAGAGAAGAAUGUGAUUCCACGUCGAAUCAUUGUACAGAUGAUGAUAAGACGUUGGUUGCUUGUCUGAGAGUUCCUGGGAAUGAUUCGCCAUCACUUUCACUUUUGAUUCAGAACAGAGGUAAAGGUUUCCAGAGUAUCACAAUUUCAGCCCCUGACUCAGUUCAGCUAGAGAGAAAAAAGAUUGGAUUGCAAGAGAACAAAGAUGCAGAGGUCAAGGUUUCUCUCGGAGAUGUGGAAAAUGGCCACUCCAUUGUCCUAACAGCCUCCCAUGGCAACUGCACUCUUAAUUUGAAAGAUGAAUUUAUGAACAGGAAGGCGGAUAAUCAUAACCUGAGCUCCUCGAACUCGAGCAUCUAUAGGCCAACUUUGUCUAGGGGAGUUGUGUUUUUGGGUGGCUUGGUAAUAGUUGGUAUUUCGAUUUUCAUGUGUAGAAAAUCAGGGAGGAACUACUUUGCAAGAAAAGAUGGCAAAUACCAAAGGCUCGAUAUGGAGCUUCCGGUUUCCCAUGGCACCAAUGCUAACGACAGCAAUGCUAACGACAACUGGGAUAACAGCUGGGGAGAUACAUGGGAUGAUGAAGAAGCUCCGGUAACCUCCUUGCCCCUCACUCCAACCCGUAGGUUUAAGGAAGGUUGGAAAGAUUAGUUUACAUAGAGAGAAACAAUACAUACACCUUGUCAAUUUUCCUUUUUGAGUUGGGGAGGGAUGACCGCCAACAGUGAAGUUUGAACCCGAAACCUGUCUCGUUUUCUCGGUGUUCAUGCAGAAAAGAGUUUGUUAUCCACAACUUUGAAUAUGCUUUUGCUCAAAUUUGAAGGGUUUGGCUAAAUUAGUGACAUUGGUUAGAUUUUUACAUAUGUAAUUGAUUAAAGGGAAAAUAGUCAGCAAAAUCAUGAAUCUUAGUCGAAUUUUUGGUUUCCUCCAA